UGGCGAUUUUAUUGUUUAAUUUUCAAGAAACUAUUUGAUAUUUUCUUUGAGAAUUUUCACCGGGAAUUUCUCAUGGAAUUUCGAUCGAAAUGUGUCUAAGGAUACCCACUGCGAUUUUCUCAAGAUAUACACUGAGAAAAUCUCUAGAAAUUUCACCGGGAAUUUCUCUAGGAGUUUCAUUCGGAAUUUUUCUAAGAGUUCAACAGUAACUUCCUCUAUAAAUUCCUCCAGGAAUUUCACCAAAAAUUACAGCGGUAGUCCAAGAGUUUUUUCUGGGAAGUUUCACUGGGAAUAGCUCUAGGAGUUUCACAGAGAAUUUUUCUAGGAGUUUUAUUGAGAAUUCUUCUAGGACUUCCUCGAGAAGUUCUACAGAAAAUUCCUCUAGGAGUUCCUCCGAGAAUUCCUCUAGAAUUUCCUCUAAAGAUUUACACUGGGAAGUCUUCAAGAAAUUUCAACGGACAUUAAUCUGGACUUUCCCAUAAUAAACAGUUAAUAACAAUAAUUGAAAUUCCUUUGGUAACUUUUGUUGGUAAUCCUUUGUGAUCUCUUCCAGAAGUUUCUUCGGAAAUAUUUUGAAAGACCUUUUAUUUGAGAGUUCUUUCGGAAAUUUAUGAAAAGUAACUCCAGGAGCUUGAUCGACAGUUAUUCUAAAAAUUCUUCCAGAAGCUCUAAUGUGUGUGUGUUUUCUUAACGUUUUUCCCAGAAUUUCUUCCAAUAAUACUCCCACAAGUAGCUCCGUGAAUUCUUCCAAAAGUUCCUCCGAAGACUCUUCCAGGAGUUUCUGCAGAGAUUCUUCCGGAAGUUCCUCCGAGAUAUCUUCUAGGAAUACCUACAGGAAAUCUUCCGAAGUUUCUCUGAAAAUUCUCGCAGCAGCUCCUCCACAGAUUGUCUCGGAAGCAUCUUCAGAGAAAUUAUCCACUCAGAAAGAAAUUUUGAGAUCUACACGUGCCGUAAAUAUUAGAACGUUUAAAUUUCCAUUUCAUUUCACUCGAUUUUACAUAAAAGAAUUUCUUGCACGCAAAGUUGUAGGCAAGCUCUAUACUGCAGACUACCUGUAACUUUACCGGAAAUUGCCUCAGGAAUUCUUUCGUAAGUUUUUCCAGGAAAUUAUUGCGCUAAUUCUUUCAAAAGAUUCUCUGGGAGCUCGUAUACAAGAUCUUCCAGAAAUAUCCUCAAGAGCUCCACUAGGAGUCCAGGAGUUUUCUCUGGGAAGUACCACUGGGAAUGGCUCUUGGAGUUUCACUGGCAAUUCCACUAGUAGUUGUACUUGGACUUCUUUAAGAAGCUCCACAGUAAAUUCCUCUAGGAGUUGUUCCAGGAAUUCCUCUAAAAGUUCCUCUAGAACAGUGGUCACCAUAGUGCGGCCCGCGGGCCGCACGUGAUGCCAAGUUCUCUAUGUUGCCGUAGAAUUUCUUGCAAUGUUUCUUAAGAAGGUUGUUCUACUCCCAAAAUUAUCUAGAAUAACGUGUUUAACAUUUCACAAAUGGAUCCAGGAGGUGCAAUACAAGCAGUUGAAAAAAUAGGCCUGAGGAUCACUGCUCUGGAAAGUUCCACUGGAAAGCCUUCAAGAAAUUCCAGCGGACAUUAAUCCGGCCUUAGCGCUUCAGUAACUCCUCUAGAUGUUCUGAUUUUUUUUUCCUGAAGUGCCUUGGGCAUGUAAAAGCCAUAAAAGUGGUAAUAAUAAUAAUUGAAGUUCGUUCGGGAACUUUUGUCGAUAAAUCUUUGUGAUCUCUUCCAGAAGCUUAACCGAAAAUUGUUCUAGAAGUUCUUUCCUUGAGAGUUCUUUCGGAAAUUUGUCUGGAGACGUACCUCCAGGAGUUUGUUCGACAGUUAUUCCAGAAAUUCUUCCGGAAGCUCUAAUGUGAGUUUUUAUUUUUCAAACACUUUUCCAGAAUUUCUUCCAACAAUACGUUGCUCCGUGAACUCUUCCAAACCACCAUUUUGUUUCAGUAAUACCUUCAGAACUUCUUUCGAUUAUUUCUGCGGAAGUUUUUGGAAAUUCCCCAAGGAAAUCCACCUGAAAUUCCUCCAGGAUUUACACCUUGCAUUCCUCCUGGAACUUUUCUAGAAGAUCUGCCUGGGAUUCCUAGUGAAGUUUUUACUACAAUAGGAGAAAGUUCUUUGAGAACUCCCGAGAUCAAUUUUUAGCGAAUAUUCUUAAAGAAGCGAAUAUUCCUAAAAAUACCGGGCAAAAUUUCUAGAUGCAAUGCAAGAAUCAAUAGAAUGCAAAUAUAUCUCGAACAAGAAAUGACGAGAUUAGGAGGAAAUAUCCGAAAGAACUGUUUGAAGACUAAUCCGAAGACAGUGUUUAUACGGAGUUGUAAAACCAAUAAAAUCUUAUGAAAAAUUUAAAAAAUACAUUGAAGAUAUCACUGAAGGAAUUUUAAAAUGAAUGCUUUAUUCCAUAAGAAUAAUGCCACGUAUAAGUAUACUGGAAAAUUUCGGUAAAAAACUUGCAGGAGGAAUCUUGCGUGAAAUUUCUUAAGAAAUGUACUGGAGAUUUUCAGGUGAAGCUCAUAGAAACAUUGUAAGAGGAAAUCUGCGGGUGUUUUUACUAAAACUUAGUGAACAUAUUCUGGAAAAUUUCUUAAAAGACUUUUUUAUGGAUACCUGUUAAGGACACUCAUUUUUAUGUUUUGUGCUAACGUAAGAACAAACUGACAUUCAUAAACGCGACGCGAGACAAGACAUAACACCUGUUCAGGGUUGCUCAGAAUACUCCUUGAAUGAUGUUUGGAUGGAGUAACAUAGAAUACAUAGAAUAAUAUGGAAAUGCCUGAGACAAUUAUUUAAAUUUUCUCGAAGGGAGGCGGCGAUUCUCAGGAUUUCGUAAGGAUUUCGAGGAGUACUUAAACUGUGUCUAUGAAACAGACACAGAUUGAAGUAUUUCCCGAAUUAUCUUUAUGAAAACAAUUUCCAAAGGAACUUCUGAAGGUAUUUUCGGAGGAACUCCUGAAUGAAUUGUAACCGUUUGGUUACAAAUUGUUGAUUUUUGUUUUUUAAUAUGUUGUAAGUGUCGGACCCUUCACGUUUCUUGUGUAAGAACAGUAGAAGUACCACAGAAGCGUUAGGGUCCUGUGCCGCUGUAAAUGUGUUGUCUCGCUACCAAAGAUUGAAUAUGGGACAGCAAAUUGGACUUUGAGCGAAAUAGCAUAUACAAUGAUGGUUGAUGAGAAUGACGGAAAGGGAGAAAUUAGAACUUUAGCGGCCAUUGCCUUAAAUCGGCAGCUAUUACUAUAAGGCGUCCGUGUGCUGUAGAUGGUUUUUCUAGUGCAGUGAUAUUCGGUUCGAGAACCAAGUUCCCCCCCCCCUUGACGCAGUCAAGCGGAUACUCGGGAAGAAACCUGCUCAGGUAAUAAAUAACAUCCUGCACGGUUCUCAAAGAACAGUUUUUUAUUAAACACUUCGUCCAAUAGGACCUCUUUUGUAUGGACCUUUAAGGUCUCCGUCCAGCACACGGCUCGGCCGCGGAACCGGGAACGGUUCCCGCGCCUAACCGUCAAGGAUCGCCAGUCCUCAUAGGAGGAUUAACAGCUCGGGCCGGAGGCCCUAAACGUUAAGGAGCUUUCCCCUCUCGGCCGUCCAAGGUGGUUAGUCCACGGCCGGCCGAUUGCGUCCAAGAGGGAAGACGCCUGCAUCCCCCCCCCCCCCCAGCAACGCCCGCUGGUCCGUCGGCCGAGUACCGGCCCACAACACCGCUCGCCCCGCCAUCCGGCGAGUUUUCCGGCCGCACAGCUCGACAGGAGUCGCUGUGUCGGCCAUCGAACCCACCAUCAACACAGCAGCGGUAUGUACCGGUACCACCGAACAUAGAAUAGGUCACACUUUAACAAAUUAACACAGAAUUAUACACAGAACAACACGCACACGCCACAAUUAGGUUUUCAAUAAAUUAUGUAAGAAAAGUGAAGGAUUGGUGUUGUAGUUUUUGUAUCGCGAAAGUGCCCUUGAUUACCCAGUAGCUAGCCGACCCUGGGAUUGCCGGAGAGUCUCUUGCGUCUUGAGUCGGCCCGGCACUGCUAUGUUACCGAUUAGUUUCACUUGGCACCCAGCCAAAAGUCCGCGAAAGGUAAUCAAGGGACCGAAGUAGCAUACAAAAAUCUAACGAUUUUUGCCGACGGGAGGUGGCAGGGAUACGUGCUUGCACGUUUGUCUCACCCCUUACGCACUAUGCUAAACUCAAGUGAUUAAACUGCGAAUAAUCGAGGCUUUUGCCUUCAAAAGAGGUCCUGAGGUGUCCUGAGCACAUCAAGGACACAUUUGCUUUUGAUUUUCGUUUUUACCGUCCAAAAAUUCGUUGAUGUUGGCAAAUUUUGUGUUUCGUGAACCGUUUAUGUAUUGACGUAACAUAUAUCAUAAUUGAACUUCACUGUUUUUGUCCAAUCAUUCAUGACAACACACGCGCACUAUUUAUUUUAAACUGUUUGUUUUGGUCCAUCUAUAUGUUUUACGAUUUUAUUUUACCCAUACACAACACACACUGAUUCUCAUUAUGACUCGCAAACGACGAGCAAAGGCUGAAGCCAAUUAUCAUCCAAUCAAUUGGCAGCCGUCGACGUACGAUGCGGACGAGUCGGACUUAGAGGAAUGGUUUGAAAUGCCUCGUCCGUUGCUCUCGACGCAUCCUAACUACCCGCUAGAGGAGUUAGAGCUGGACCUCGAAGAGACUUUGUCGACCAUACGGGAGCAAAGGACUUCGGGGGUGAUGAUGCCAGCAGACGUCGUUAAAAUUAAACGAAUCAUUUACCUAUUCAUGCGUGACAUAAACAUCGUCACAUGCGAUGUAAAUUCUCGCUAUUUGCCCCCCAGCGCAACAUGCGAAUAUAGGGCGCCGGAAUCAGAACCAGAGGAAGAGAUCGAGUUGAUCAUCCCUAAUUCCGAUUCCGAUGAUUAUGAAAUGUCCUUCAGCGAGCCCGAAUCUGAUUCGGAAGACCUGCUUCAGGUAGAAAUGGGAACAAAAAGGAGCCCAGUGUCACGCUAUUCUUCCGGUUACUUUUCCCCCGAAUUUGACACCAGUAAGUCGGUGCUUCAUUCAUCGAGUUUUCCCCGAGACUUACCUGGUGAAGCUUUCCUUACUUCCAAAGAACAAACUUCGAACCCCGAAUCCCUACGAAAGCAGACCCGAUCGUUCAAGAUUCGGAAAAAGGCCAAACAAAAUCUUCAAGCGGAACCUACGGCCAAAGAACUGUGCGAAAACCUGACUUCGAUAUUGGAACCCUACCCUUCAAUGAAUAUUCCCCGUUCCGGACGCACACCUGGAACCCAUCAGAAAGGAUUUUCGUUUAAUAAAAAGAAAAACAAAUCAAUUUAAAUUUUCAAUAAAUUUAUUUAAGGUUUCUUUCCAGCUAUUUCCAAUUUUUCGGCAGUUUGCCACUGUUCCGGUGAGGCGCGGGAGUAUCAGCAUUUCCCCAGUCGCCGGCGGCAGACAUCGCUGAUGGGAAGAUGA